UAUAAACCUGUUUUACGACUGCGUUUAUUAGGCCUACAGCUCUAGUUAAACAUAAUUUCUGCAAUAGUACGUAUAGCCUGUAGCUGGGCGAAUCAUUUUUAUUUUCUUCAAAUGCGGUAACGUUUGCUACCACGUAAUGUUCACGGCUCGUGAAUGUUAUUUUUCGUUAGAUCGAUUCCCGCACUGCAUUGCAGGCUGGAGGCACGGAACUGCAAUCUGGUUAACGAGCACACGCUUCCAGUAAUCGUAGCUCUCGGUCACUUCAAAUAUUCAGUUACUGGUGUUAUCAGCUAGCAAGUCCCUGUAGCUACAGUUGCAGCUUGAGAAUCCAUGAUGCCAAUGGCAUCUAUCAAAGCACGUUUGGAGAACUUGAAGCAGAGGCUGAAGUUGGACCUGUUCAGAGAACUGGGUCGCCAGUAUCCGGUCUUCUGUUUUCUUCUUCUCUUUUUGCUUUUGUCUACCGUUCUCUUAAAUAGAUACCUUCAUAUUCUUAUGCUUUUCUGGUCGUUCCUGGCUGGUGUCGUCACUUUCUAUUGCUCGCUGGGCCCUGAGACACUGCUGCCCAACAUCCUGUUCACAAUAAAGCCAAAAUCCAAGCAGGACCAGCAGGAGCUAUUUCCCUUGGGUCACAGUUGUGCUGUUUGUGGCAAGAUCAGAUGUAAGCGACACAGACCAACACUACUGCUGGAGAACUAUCAGCCAUGGCUGGAUUUGAAAGUGCACUCUAAAGUGGAUGCUUCUCUUUCAGAGAUCCUGGAAUUGGUCCUGGAGAAUUUUGUGUACCCUUGGUACAGAGACAUUACAGAUGACGAAGCAUUUGUGGAUGAGCUGAGGGUGACCCUGCGUUUCUUUGCUGCCGUGCUGGUCCGGCGGGCCCAGAAAGUUGAUGUUCCAUCACUUAUAACACUAAAACUCCUGAAAGUUGCCAUGAAACACAUUGAAAUUAUUGUGAAGGCUCGCCUGAAAGUGAAGAACUCUGAGUACCUGCAGCAGGCAGCACUGGAAGAGUAUGGACCUGACCUCCACGUGGCCCUGCGGAGCCGGAGGGACGAGCUCCUUUACCUCCGCAAGCUGACGGAGAUGCUCUUUCCUUACAUCCUGCCUCCCAAGGCCGCUGACUGCAGAUCCCUCACUCUCCUGAUUCGGGAAGUGUUAGCAGGGUCUGUCUUCCUCCCCUCCAUGGAUUUUUUGGCUGACCCUGAUACUGUGAACCACUUGCUGCUUAUAUUUAUUGAUAACACACCACCUGAGCCUGCGACCGAGCCUUCCUCUGCCCUGGUUCCAUUCCUGCAGAAGUAUUCCGACAUUCGUAACACAAAGUCAUCGAUGCUGAAGCUGGAGCUGAAGGCGAUCCGUGAGCAGCAGGACCUGCUGUUCCGCUUCAUGAACUUCCUAAAGCAGGAGGGCGCGGUCCACGUUCUGCAGUUCUGCCUCACAGUGGAGGAGUUCAACGAUAAGAUUCUGUGCCCAGAGCUGAGCGACUCUGAGAUGUUGAUGCUUCACGAGGAGGUGAAGAAAAUAUACGAGACCUACUGCCUGGAUGAGAGUGUCGACAAGAUCCGCUUCGACCCUUUCAUCGUUGAGGAGAUACAAAACAUCGCUGAGGGGCCGUACACAGGCGUGGUGAGGCUCCAGACCAUGCGCUGCCUUUUUGAGGCCUACGAGCACGUCUUGUCUCUGUUAGAGAACGUCUUCACGCCCAUGUUCUGCCACAGUGAUGAGUAUUUCAGACAGCUGCUGAGGGGGGCCGAAUCGCCCACCAGGAACUCAAAACUGAGCAGGAAUAGCCUGAGUUUGGAUGAUAUCCGUCCGUCAGUCCCGCAACCACCCUCCGCCUCUCGCGUAAAAAUGGGCGCAAGCUUCUCGGGGCAGGAGAGGGACCGUGUGCGUGUCCCCAGGGCCCCGCCCAUCUCCCCCGGGUCUCCGCCCACCUCAGUUUUCCCCCAUGUCCAGUCCAUUCUAACCACCCUCCCAUCUGGCAUCCUCACCUCCCUCCCCACUGCACUGAAGAGCUCCUCCAAACGCGGGGAGUCCUUCGGCAUCGGCCGGAUCGGCAGCAAGAUUAAGGGCGUCUUCAAGAGCACCACCAUGGAGGGAGCCAUGCUGCCAUCGCACGCCAUGGCUGAAGGAGAGGAUGAUAUGGUGGAGGAGGCGAUCAUGGUUCUGGAGGAUGACUCCCCCAUGGAGGUGGUCAGUACCCCCAGCACCCCCCGUAACCUGUCGGCGUGGAGCAUCUCCAUCCCCUACGUGGACUUUUUCGACGACGAGGUGAAGAAGGAGCGGAUCCCGGUGUUCUGCAUCGAUGUUGAGCGCAACGACAGGAAGGCAGUGGGCCAUGCGACCGAACACUGGUCUGUUUACAGGAGAUACCUUGAGUUCUACGUCUUAGAGUCCAAGCUCACCGAGUUCCACGGUUCCUUCCCAGAUGCACAACUUCCUUCCAAAAGAAUAAUUGGACCAAAGAACUAUGAGUUUCUAAUGUCCAAGCGCGAGGAGUUCCAAGAAUACUUGCAGAAACUGUUGCAGCACCCAGAACUCAGCAACAGCCAGCUGCUGGCAGAUUUUCUAUCCCCCCACAGCAUGGAGUCCCAGUUCCUGGACAAAAUGCUGCCUGAUGUCAGUCUAGGGAAAAUCAUCAAAUCUGUUCCUGGGAAAUUGAUCAAGGAGAAAGGGCAGCACCUGGAGCCGUUUAUCCAGUCCUUUUUCAACUCCUGCGAGUCGCCCAAGCCCAAACCCAGCCGCCCGGAACUCACCAUUCUCAGCCCCACCUCUGAGAAUGACAAGAAGCUUUACAAUGAGCUGUUUAAGAACAACGCCAAUCGGUCUGAGGCAGCCGAGAAGAAGUACAACCAGAACUAUUUCAUGGAGAUGAUCACGGUGGAGGGGGUCUACGACUACCUAAUGUAUGUAGGACGUGUGGUGUUUCACAUUCCUGAUUGGCUACACCACCUGUUGAUGGCUGGGCGGAUACUGCUGAAGAACACCCUGGAGGCGUACACCGAUCACUGCCUGCAGUUCAAGCUGGACCAGCUCCUCCAGGAGCACCGUGUGGUCUCUCUCAUCACACUGCUCAGAGAUGCAGUUUUCUGUGAAAACAGUGAACCUCGCUCAUUCGAGGACAAGCAAAAGAGAGCCAAAGCAACAUUUGAAGAAAUGAUGCGCUACAUUCCAGAUUUCCUGGGGAAAUGCAUUGGGGAAGAGGCCAAGUAUGAGGGGGUGCGGCUGCUCUUUGAUGGGCUACAGCAGCCAGUCCUCAACAAGCAGUUGACCUAUGUCCUGCUGGAUAUUGCUAUUCAGGAGCUUUUCCCUGAACUAAACAAGGUGCAAAAGGAGGUUCCACUCAUGGCUCCUUGGAUGUAGAAGGCAGACAGACUUUGCUGGCUUCUCCUUGUCGGAAAUCAGGCCUUUUGGAUUCCCGAAGUGCCCUGAGGGCUGGUGUAUGUGCUGCUUUUUUGCCAAAGUCAGUUCCUGAGUCUUCCUUACUUCAGAGAUAAUUAUCCUGACACAUUUGUCCUGAUUACAUUUUCCAAACUGAUCUGCUGUACUUUACGUUUUGUGUGUUCGGGGCACAUGCACGUUCUUCAGAUAUGAUGUGUAAAUUACGAGUUAAAAAAGGAGAAGAAAGUGCUUGAGCAAUGACUUGGCAUGGAUUUGAGGGAAAAACAGGAAACCAAAAAACACGGCUCGACUGAAAUUCAGGAAGGGUGUGCUAAUUUCCAUGAACAUACCAGUACUGUGGUCCAGUGCACUCAGGCUUGUCCUGUGAUGAAACACCAUCAUCGACACUCCAUUAUAGCCUGAAAAUUCUAGCUGGUGUGAAUUUUCAAUCAUGUUUCGUGUGGAAUGUGUGUUACUGCUAUUAAAAUAUUUAUUGCUGAAAA